GAGACAUUCACGCCCAUUUCGUAUUAGCGUUCCGUUGCCUAGCAAAUCGGCUGCUUCAACAAGAGGGUUUUCAGAAGGAAAAAUACGUGAGCGUCAUGUCCGCACCACCUUAUGAAGGAGCUCCUCCCUACCAGGUAAAAGAGCCUUAUCCACCUCCACCACAAUAUGGUCAACCUGCCUACAACCAGCAACCUGGCUUCGCCUAUCCACCCGGUCAAAUUAACCAAGGUUAUCCUCCGCAACCUUAUCCAAACGCAGUACAACAAAAUUAUGGUCCACAACCUGGCUAUGGCUCACCGUAUGGACAAUAUCCACAGCAGUAUCCCCAACAAUACCCACAACAACCACAAGUCGUAAUGGUCGAUCAAAACCGACGAAACUCAGGAGGCGAUAGUGGCAAAUGCUGUCUCGUUGCGUUGUUAGCCUGCUGUGCAGGAUGUUGUCUCGCUGACUGUUGUGAUUAGGAGCUGAACCUUGGAGAACAUGGCUGCAAUAAUUAGGGCUUUGAAGGCAAUGGGCAACUGGGGUAUCUGGACUUCCAGUGAGGAUAGUGAUAAGGCCUCCAACAAGCCAGUUGCUUAGGCAGUAGCUCAUACGAUUCAUUCACCGUAGUCGCUCACACGGAUUGUUCCUGUCAGAAUUACGGUAGUGCACGAAAUUUUGCAACCAAAGAACGAAUCAUAUGAGUUUCCGCUUAGGCAGUGACUUUUCAUAUAUUUACCCAUAAGAAGCCCAGAUACUCAGAUUUGCUCGACAUCACCUUCGAACGUUCCCAUUUUAAAAAUUUAUCACAAAAGUCAAUUUUACUGAUCUUACGAGUUUUGUUUUCGCUCUUGUUUAUAAUUGCAAGCUGUGAACCUUGUAUAACUUGCUCAUUUCCUGUUACCUACCUGCUUAUGUUAUCUUCUUGUGCAAUUCUAUGUAACAUUCCAAAUACCAUGCCUUUACAACUCUUGGUUGUGACCUUUGUUUCAUUUCUAUUCCUAAAUAAUUACUUCUCUUUUCCUACAUUACAAUGACAUGACUUAUAAACAAUUCUGUUACUCGUGAAGUUUCGAAG